AUGUCAGGCAGACCAUCCCCGACAAGGCGUAGGCGUCGCAUUGGGAUCACUGACAGCACGAUCGGUCGGCGUUCAGGCCACUUGACUCAGUUUGCGGCCCAUGCAGACACUAUUGCCACAUCACUCAACGACGCAAGAAGUCACCUCGAGCAAUGUCUCACGCUCUUGCGCGGCCAGGCCUCAUCAACCAGGAGUUUGUCUUCCGUGGAGGAUCAUCCAGCUUUUCAAGCGUAUAACCGUCUCCAGAAGGAGCUGACUCUUGCACUACAUGAGUGCGAGCGCGGUCGGAAAUGCCUCUUCGAUAUGGUCUCCCCAACGUCGAUUGUUAACGAUGUGAAGGUUCACGGCGACGAGCAAGAGGGACUCCGUUCGACGAUUGACCUCGGCCACAAGGACCUCGACAACGCCACUCAGCAUGUGCUGUUCGCCCCCUCAUCAAAACGUCUUCCUCCACCCGAGAUCAAGCAGGUAUUCCGGGCCAACAUCGGUGUCCGGACGCCGGUUACUCGUGAGCGGCCGAAACGCUCACACGAACGCAUGCGCGAGGCGAAAGCCAGAGUAGUGGCACAGGAGCCGAAGAAUAUGAACUGUGAGGCGGGCGAGAAGUGGCAUCAGAUGAGCAGGUUAGAGCGGUCGUCCCUGCCGUUGGAGUCGGAGCAGUUUAUGGGGCUGCAGCCGCAGGCUUUCUAUAUCCCCCGAACAUAUCAACCGCUCACGUUGGAAGAGGCUCCGACGUCGUGA